AUGACAUAACCUCUUAAGCUUUGUUUUUAUCAUAUAUAUUUUUUUGGAUUAGAUUGAAUGGUAGGUAUGCAGAAAUAAUAAAAUGGUUCCAAUUUCUGGCAGAAAAUUGUUAGGUUUAUUCCCAAACACUAAUUCAAUAAGCUUCUAUUUUUAAUUUGCCACUUUUGGGAGUCUCGAAAUGAGAUUUCUGUUGUACCGACAUUUGUAUGGCACUGUGAUCGUUUCUUGUUUUUAAGGUUAUAAAAUAGCGGUUUGUUGCUUUUAAGGUUUAGUAAAGAAAUGGAAAACCUGUCAAUUAACAAUUCUCCAAUAAAAACCACAAUCAAUAAUUUGCUUCACGGCGACUUUAUUGAUUUAACGGAUGAUGCAGAGCCCCAAAGUCAGACUGUGGUUUUAGACAACCCAAAUCAGCAGACUGUGGUUGGUAAUACUGCAAAUAAAAAGAUUUGCAUUCUGGAAAAUACACUUUUGACACCAAGUACAAAAAGUCCUACAGGUGUGGAGGUUUCUUAUUUUGUCUCACCACCAGAUUUACCGUUUGUUAAAGAAGAUUCAGGCCCCCCUUUCGUAAAAACGUACAAAGGGCGAAGAUCGCAUCAAAGCUCGCAGGAAAUGUUGCCUAGUCGGUAUUUAAAAAGAGCUGAUGGUGUGCCAUUACCAGCCCGAGAAAUCGUUGUAGGCAACGAUAACGGCGAUGUUUUUAUGGAAGAACCACAAAAGAAACAACGGUUUUCUAAUUUUUUUUCUGAAUUAAACAAAAAUACCAAAAAUUGUAAUAAUCCAACGGAUGCUCCGCCCUUUUUAAAACUGCCCCAAACUUACCCUGGACCUGCCCAACUACUGCAUAAAGUCAAACAAAGCUCACCAGCUGUCAAGGAGAUAAAUCAAGAUACAGUUAAUACCCAAAUUAAGCCCACGAAUUUAACUACUUCGACUUUAGAUAAUACACCAAUAAAAAUGUCACCGGUGGUUGAAAGAAUGGCCAAGGAAAUAAACUUAAUCCCUAAUUCACCUUUAAAACAAGGUUGCACUUCUGAUAAUUUGGUCAAACCAAUAAAAACAUCAUCAUUGGUUAAGAAAAGUGUCAAGAAAAUAAACUUAAGCCCUAAUUUGCCGAUCACUACUUUGCAAGCUUCCGUCUCAAACCCGAUGGAUAACGCAUCACCUCAUCAAAUGAUAAGUGAAACACGAGAAAAAACUCAUUUUAAAGCAAGAAUCUUAUCACGGACACAAACUAAACGUAAACCGCCUAGGAAGACAUUUGACCCUGUUGAAACUCUAGCAGAAAUUGUCGAGGCUGCGACAGCUGUUGCAAACAUCGAACUAAAGGAAAAUGAACCUCGACCGGAACCACCUAUCAUUUAUCUUUUAUAUCCUGUGAAAAAUAGUUCUGAGGUCUUGGUUGCUUCAAACGAUCCGAAUCAAAUGAUUGAAGUGGAUGAGGAGACACCUCUGGAACCUGCAGUACCAACAGAAGAAGUACCAAGAUUGACUAAACACCUUGAAAUUGAACCUGCGGUGACAAGAAUGACUAAAGACCUUGAAAUUGAACCCGCGUGUGCUGUCACACCUGUCGACAUUAAUAAAAUUCUCAAUCGUGGCAAGAAAGAGAAUCUAGUGAGUCGGUGUGAAGAAGUACCGUUGGAGUAUGAUCAAGGGAAAUUUUUGGGUUUUACACGAAAAGAACGAAGAAAAACGUCGUGUUAUUCAUUCUACAAAACUCUGAUUAAGAUUGAUGAGAAGAGUAUUAAAAUGUUGAAACGAUCAGUAGCAAAAUUGACUAAUGAAGUUAGGGAUUAUCAGAAAAACGUUAUCUACUGUCCUUCUUCCAGUGAUUAUUUCCUACCUGAAACUAUAAAGGAAGAGUGUAUUGAUAUUAAAGACGAAGAAUUGGACUCUUUUGAAGAUCAGAUCCAUGAUGUUAUCUACAAUACCGAUGUUUUGCCUACUAUUAGUGAAGUCAUUUCGCAAGUGAAUAAAGAAGUUCGAGAAAUAACAGAAAAAGAGCCGGCUAGUCGGAAGAAUGAUUUACACGCUAAGUUAGCUAAACCGGAACAAGCUUUGAAACUGAUCAAAGAAGGCUUAGAGAUGAUACAGAGUUGGUCGAAGGAAGCAAAUUCGAGUCCCGUGAAGAAAAUUGAAGACGAGUGGACACAGAAGAUAAAAGAAAGUGGGGAAGUACCAAAGAAGAAGAGAGGAAGGAAAAAAAAGAUCGUUGAACUUGAACAAUUGGAGGAGAAAAGUGGAGAUGAGUGGAAGACGAAGACGAAAAAAAGUGUAGUGGCUGUAAAUGAGGUUAUCCGGAAGAGUAACAUACUUUUUGAAGAAUUACCAAAGAAGAGAGGAAGGAAGAAAAAGAUUGUUGAAGUUAAAGAGUUGAAGAUGAAAAGUGAAGAUAAGAGGGAGGUGAAAACAAAAGGAAGUGUUGUGACUGUAAAUGAGGUUAUCCGGAAGAGAAACAUACUUCUUGAAGAAUUUCCAAGGAAGAGAGGAAGGAAGAGAAAUAUUGUUGAGUCGAAGAAGACAAAAGGAGGUGUAGUGACUGUAAAUGAGGUUAUCCGGAAGAAAAACAUACUUCUUGAAGAAUUUCCAAGGAAGAGAGGAAGGAAGAAAAAGAUUGUUGACGAGUCGAAGAAGACAAAAGGAAGUGUAGUGACUGUAAAUGACGUUAUAAUGAAUAACACACUUAUUGGGGAAGUACCAAAGAAGAGAGGAAUGAAGAAGAAGAUUGUUGAAGUUAAUGAGAAGAAAAUUGAAGAUGUGCCAAAGCUUCAAAGGCCGUGGAAGCGGAAAGAAAAUGUAGUGGCCAGAAGUGGAAGGAAGACGGAGAUUAUUGAAGUUAGUGAUGAUGAUGAUGACGACUUGUUGGUUUUGAAGAGAGUCGAUAUUAUAGAUCAAAAUGGGGUUGUUAUGACAGAGAGAAGGCAGAAGAAGCCUUGAUUUCGCUUUAUAUUUUCAUGUUUUUUUACUUUUUUUUUUAAAAAAGGCUUUUGCUAAAAUUGUGUGUUUUGUUGGGGAGAGUGGGGUAAGUGAAGCAAGAUUUGGCAACAAUUGUAUAUUUCGUAAUGUCAUUACAAUUAAAAGAUUUGAAUAUGUACAAACGUCACAAUAAUAAAAUGAAUCACA